CGAGCCUGCAGCCAUGCAGCAGGAGCUUCUUUUCAAAGUCCUGGUCAUCGGAGACUUAGGAGUAGGGAAGACGUCCAUAAUCAAGCGGUAUGUGCAUCAGAUCUUCUCCCAGCACUACCGAGCCACCAUUGGGGUGGACUUCGCCCUGAAGGUGUUGCAGUGGGACAGUAACACUGUGAUCCGGCUACAGCUGUGGGAUAUUGCAGGACAGGAGCGGUAUGGGAACAUGACUCGUGUCUAUUACCGGGAGGCGGUGGGAGCACUGGUGGUGUUUGACGUGACGAGGGCCUCCACGUUCGACGCCGUGCUGAAGUGGAAGGAUGACCUAGACUCCAAGGUGACACUGAACCAUGGGAGGCCAGUUCCAGCUGUACUCUUGGCCAACAAGUCAGACCAGCUGGUUUCCCAGCAGCCCCAACUCGACAUCUUUUGUAGGGAGAACGGCUUCGUCGGAUGGUUUGAGACUUCUGCAAAGGAAAACACAAACAUUGAGGAGGCAGCCCGCUGCUUGGUAGAGCACAUUCUGAGAAACGAGGAGAGUCUAGUGACAGAGCGAGAACCUGGUUCGCUCAUCCUGUCCGGAUGCGCCACGACAUCAAAGCAGCAUCUUGGCUGCUCCUCGUGUUCAAAAUGGUAAUGUCUGACAUCAACAGGCGACCAAGACGGGAAGGCCACGAGAAAUGUUUGACUCAGGGACCGCUUUAAGAAAAAUUCUGUCUCAGAGUGAUAGAUUUGAUUUUAAAAACAUCUUAAAAGUGUUUAAAGUCUUUGAAGUUCUGUGGGUAUCAAAAUGUGAUUUUUAUUACUUUAUUUCUUUAUCCAUUUUUUUUGUCCCUCCACACAAACUUUAACAAUCUUAGAAAUCAAAACACUAAAAAAAAGAAAAAAAAAGUUGGUACAUGCAGUUUUUAUUAUUGGCACUUUCUCGCUUCUUUAACUUGCUUUGAAUCGACAGUGUGACACUGAUAUUUGAACUGACGGCUCUCUGUGGCACUUUCGUUCUGACGCUGAUGUAACAUGAAAAAUAAUUCCAAACUUUGAUUUUUUUUUUGCCUGCAGUGUGAACACAGACACGAAAACAUGAAUCUUCCUUGCGUUAUUUGCACUUUUCCUCGGCCUACGUUUCUAUCUGUGUUUAACCGCUCACUAAAAAUGUCAACGUCAUGAAUACUGCAUUGUGAGCUUGAGAUACAUAAAAGCAGCUGCUCAGCUUUGGAUAACAUAUAGACUGGGAAUUGGGAAAACAGCCUGACUCAGGGAGGGGCUUCAUACUGUUCAACUCUGCUGCUUGAAGCACUAAUACUGACCUCAACUCAGCUGGGACGAGAAGUCAUAUACAGUCUCUUUGCGUAUGACUCGGUAGCAUUAGCAGUUUAUAGCAAGCACACUGUGUUGGCUAUGUUUUUUUAAUAGGAUUUUCAAGAACCUACAUCACUCUCUUUUGUAUAUGGAUUUGAGUGAACAUUUAAUAUUGGGUGGGCCACAUGUGAGCGCCACACUCUUGGCUUCAGAAAUAACUGCUGUAUGGGAAUGAAAUCUCUUUGCAACAGCUAUCGCCACCUAGUGGCUUCAGAUAGAAGGCAGGUUUAAGAUACUUUCCUACUGACUUAAUUUUUCCAACCCCAAAAUUAGCUCAAUGUUUUAUAUUGCCUAUGGGGGCAUUUGGUCUAAUAUCCACUGCCAAGCCAAUGGAUGUGGUGCAUCAACAGUGCCUCUAUGAUAAGGCCCAGAUAUUUGAGGAGAUAAGCCCAGAGCAGAGGUGGGCAAUUAAUUUUCCCACAGGAAUCACACGAGAAGCUGGAACUGCUAUGGAGGGCCACACCAAUCAGCUUGUUGAGAUAUGAAAUUAAUACUGAGCAGAAUUCAGCUCAUCUUAUUGGUGUGGGUGCAGUUUAUCAUGUGGCCCCUGUGGGAAAAUUAAUUGCCCACUGGUGGCCUAGAGGAAUAAUAAUAAUAAUAACAAUCAUAACAAAGAAUUUAGCCAACAAUAACACUAAGUGGGAUUUUUUUUGCUUUGCACCAAUCUCGUUGAAUAUAUUUUCCUUCUACACUGCAUCGUGAGCUGAUGAAGUGGAAAAUCUGUUCUGGCACAGUGCUGAGGAAACUAAACAAGAAUCCUUUGCAGUCAGGAACAAACAGAGAAGUAUCGGGGACCCUGGAGGGGAGACAGUUUAGCAGAUAUGGCCACUAAAAAGACCAUUCAAUUAGCUGAUAAGAUACUAAAGACUGUUUCUGAAUUCAUUAAUUAGAAACAGCUGUAAGAAUAAAACAAUUAAGACAUCUGCGGGUCCUCCAGUGCUCUGCCUCUUCCUGAUAUACUGACGGAUAUUCAGUCAGCUGCUAAUUUACAUGUGUUGUCUGUAUUUUAAAUGUGGUUUCAGUGAAGAAUCUCAUUUUUGAAGUAUUUCACUCUUAACUUUCACCAUAAACUCUUGGCUCUGUUGUUCAAAUGGGACAUUUUCUUCAGCUUUAAAAUCAACUUCUUGUCAGUCCAAUAAAAAAAAUGUGGUAUGUGCUCCUCCACAUCUGCACAGACGCUUUUGUUGAGCUUGUCUUGUGUGUUAUUUGAAGGUCCAUGUUUUCAAAUUAGGCAUCUGUUUUAUAUUUUUCUUCACUGCCUUUGAUGUGCAAUAGCACUUAAGCCCUUAAGAAUAGAGGCAUUUGUCUGCACCCUCUGUGGACCAGACUAUGUGUAUAUAGACAUGUACUUCUGCAUAUGUUUUAAAUGAUGAUCAUUCAGGAUUUUUGCCUCAACUACAUGUCACUUAAAUCAACACUCCUUCAAAUGAACAAUAAUACUGAAAGAAUUAUCCAAUUAUUCUGUAGCUAUUCAUACAAUGCAUUUAGCUUUACUUUAAAGCAACGUUUCUCUUCCUACAGCUGCAUGCUUCUGAGGAUUUACAGUUGUUCUCUUGAUGUCAUUCUGAAAUGAAUAAUCUUUAGGUUCUAGUUUGUUGGCAGGGAAAAUUUGAGGUUGUUACUUUGCAUUUUAAGGAAAUGUUGAUCAAUAUGUUUCAGUAUUUUAGGCAUUUUUUAUACCAAGGUAAAUAACUGAGCAGCAGAUUAACUUUAAGAUUGUGUAUUUGUUGUACGGCUGUAGUCAAACGUUUACAUUCAGCAAUCAUGGGCAUGAAUGUCAUGGUAAUUUGGGACUUUUAAUGAUUUCUUUGACCUGUUCUGUCCAUGGUACAAUGAUUAUGCAAGCAUCCUCUACCAGACACUUUUGGUAGCCGUCAACGAGCUUCUGGCAUAACUCUGGCGAGAUAUUUGACCACUCUUCUUGACAGAAUUUGCAGACCUCGUUUAAAUUGCUUGUUUUCCUGGCACAGGACUGGUCCAUAGAUUUUCUAUUGGUGUGAGGUCGGGGCUUUGGGAAAGUCAUUCAAGAAGGGAUCAUUGUCCUCAAUUUGAAGCUGAUCAUUGUGAUCAUGUUGGAAAAUUCGGAGGUAGCUCCCCUUCUCCAUUAAACCAUCCACUUUGCGCAGUGUACCUGUACCACUGGCAGCUAAGCAGCCCCAGAGAAUUAUGCUACCACCACCAGCUUGACAGCUGGUGCAUUGUUCUUAGGUUUGAAAUCCUCACCUCCUUUACUCCUCCAAACAUACCUCUUUGUCAUUGUGACCAAAUAGCUCAACCUUGGUCUCCUCUGACCAUCAAACUUUUUUCCAGAGGACGUUUGAUUUGUCCAUGUGAGCAGCUGAAAAUUCAAAUAGAGCUUGAAGGUGUAAUUUUGGAGCAGGCACUUGCCUUGCUUGGUGCCUUCUCAGUCCAGUGAUGUAAAACACACUUCACUGUGGACUGCGGCACUGCUGUUCCACAAGUUUCCAGCUCACAGUAAGCUUGCUAGUUCCUGGUUGAGGGUGACAGUUUGUGUCUUCUUCCAGAUCCUGGCAAAGUGGAGAUGGUGACACAUAAA